AUGCCUACCUACAAUAACAGCACCAUAAUAAAGAACGACCCUGAAUUAGCCAAAAAAGUUGAUGUUUUAGAAAACAAAAUCCAAGACUUACAAACUGAAAUCAAAAACUUAAAAAAAACCAAAGCUAAGGUUAUUUUGAGUGGCAUUGCUAUAGCAUUG